UAUUUUACAUUUCGUUACUCUUUUUCUAUAAUUUGAAAUUAUUUCACAUCAUUGAUAGUAAAGAUAUGAACUAUGAAAUUGAACACGAAAUUUGUUUUACGUCGUCUGCCUUGUAAAUGAAACGUCUAUACAAAGUCCAUGUUUUUCGAAUGGGUAGCAUUUCCUAUGAGCCCUACAUAGAGUAACAUAGAGUCAAAGAAUUGAUCUGUUUCAACUCGUCGUGCUGCAUUUACAACGAAAUUUUGUACUAGUACGAAAUAAAAGUAACAACAAAAAUGUCUGGGUGGAGACAAGCAGGACUAAAUUAUAUCAAUUAUUCGCAAAUUGCUGCGAGACUUGUCAGACAAGCUCUGAAACCAGAUUUCAGGACAGAGGCUAUAAAACGCGAUGAAGUAAACGUAAAAUUCACACAGUGGAAAGAUGGUAAACCUGCUACUGAGAAACAGUAGUGUCAGCAAUUUAAAAGUUAUAAAUCAUUAUAUCACAGAUGAGUGGAAGUCAUCCUUUUCCUAGAUAUGCGCCCAUACACAUUAUACACGGCAGAAGAGAUAGGAGUGUAAUUAAAUAGUAAUUUAUGUAUGGUAAUUCUUCAAUAUGUUCAUCUGAAGUAAAAAUAUCUUUUGCGAAGUUACAA